CCUCGGAACCCGGAAGUGCGAGCGGAGCCACGUGGGUGGAGCUGGCGCGCAGGUCGCAUGGGGGAGUCUAUCCCGCUAGCCGCCCCGGUGCCGGUGGAACAGGCGGUGCUGGAGACGUUCUUCUCUCACCUGGGUAUCUUCUCUUACGACAAGGCCAAGGACAAUGUGGAGAAGGAACGGGAGGCCAACAAGAGCGCGGGGGGCAGCUGGCUGUCGCUGCUGGCGGCCAGUCAUUCUUCAGCCGGAAGGACUCCAUCCGCACCAUCUACACGGCCCUGCAUAACGAACUGAAGAAAGUGGUGACAGGCCGAGGCGCCCCGGGUGGAACGGCCCCUCACAUGGAGGAGCUCCUCCCCCAUCUGUCAGAGCAGCUCUGUUUCUUUGUCCAGGCUCGGAUGGAGAUCGCAGAGUUCUACGAGAAGAUGUACGCCCUCAGUACGCAGAAGUUUAUCAACGCGGAAGAACUGGUUGGCAUUUUGGAUACUGUCCUCAAGAAAUACAGCUCCAGAUUUCACCAUCCUAUCCUUAGCCCUCUGGAAAGCAGUUUCCAGCUGGAAGUGGGCGUGCUGAGCCAUCUCCUGAGGGCGCAGGCCCAGAUCUCGGAGUGGAAGUUCCUCCCUUCUCUGGUGACUUUGCACAACGCUCACACGAAGCUGCAGAGCUGGGGCCAGACCUUUGAGAAGCAGAGGGAGACCAAGAAACACCUGUUUGGAGGGCAGUCUCAGAAGGCUGUCCAGCCCCCACACCUGUUCCUUUGGCUGGUAAAACUCAAAAACAUGCUCUUGGCCAAGUUCAGCUUUUACUUCCAUGAGGCACUGAGCCGGCAGACGACCACUUCGGAAAUGAAAGCCCUGACUGCAAAGGCUAACCCCGACCUCUUUGGAAAGAUCUCCAGUUUCAUCAGGAAGUACGAUGCUGCCAAUGUAUCCUUAAUUUUUGACAACCGAGGUUCAGAGAGCUUUCAGGGUCAUGGCUACCACCACCCACAUUCCUACCGAGAGGCCCCUAAGGGAGUGGACCAGUACCCAGCCGUGGUGUCUCUGCCCAGUGACAGGCCAGUCAUGCACUGGCCCAAUGUCAUCAUGAUCAUGACAGACCGGACAUCUGACCUGAACAGUUUGGAGAAAGUGGUCCAUUUCUAUGAUGACAAAGUCCAGAGUACCUACUUCCUGACCCGCCCAGAACCCCACUUCACCAUCGUUGUCAUUUUUGAGUCAAAAAAAUCUGAGAGAGACUCCCAUUUUAUUUCCUUCCUCAAUGAGCUCUCGCUUGCCCUUAAGAACCCCAAAGUGUUUGCAAGUCUGAAACCUGGAUCCAAAGGUUAGCAGGAGCUUGUCUGAGGGUUUCCAAGACUAGGCACAGUGCUCCUGGUUGCUCUGAGAGGCAACAGUAGUUUUCGUCUAGAAUUUACGUCCACUCAUGCUUCUUCUGGGGCUGAGUGAAAAACAGAUCCACACUAAUCAUGUUGCACACUUCAUAAACAAUUAAGACCAAGGAUGGCAUCUCCAAAGAGUAGUCUAGGAAGUGCCGUGGCUGCUGGAGAUCACCAUGGCACAGCGUUUUUUUGAUUUUCCUGUCUCUUGUGUAGAAGGCAUAUUUAUGGGUCUUUCAUGUAUCUUUUCAGAUUUUUUGUUAUUAUUGUGAACAUUGUGCCCUGGUGCACUUCCCAACAUCCUCUCUCUGUAUCCCUGAAGAGCAGUCAGAAUGAGAUUCCAGAUGGGACUGUUUCAUUUUCAUCAGUGCUCCUAUUAACCAGAUGUAUAAGUUAAUCUAAUUAGUAUUGUAUUGUAAUUAGAACCUUGGAGAGAAAUUUCUAUCAAGUGAUGUGGAAGUUGAUCCAUUAGUAUUGACCCUUACAGCAACUUAACCAGCCACAGGCUCUUUUCAGGUGACCGCCACACCCAUCUGCCUUUGUUUUUACUUUUAAAACAUUUGGUGUUACUCUGUUUGAAGUUUGUCCAAACUAUGUGAAGGGUUUCUCACUCUGGUUUAUCUGCUUGGUGUCACUUCUCUGCUGAACUGUGUUGCAUCUGGCUCAUGUCCGGAUCAGGUUUAGAAAGCUAAGCAGCCAUGUGGUUGUAGCCAUGUUUUAUAUCCUCACACGGCACAGCUUUUAGAAACACAAAAUGAUGGUCUUGAUACUUCGUGCUUGCUAUAGAUGAGUUGUACUUCAUAGUCCAGUCAUCACGGCAGUCUUUCGGCACACCUGGACUUGGUUUCUGCCCCUCUGCAGAGUAUGUUCAGAUGCAGCACCAAGUGUCUGGGGACAGGCUGCUCUGUGCAGUUCCUUCUGUGUGUGUUCACAGGGAAGCGGGCGGAUCAACAUGGGGGUCCUUUCUAGGUUAUGAAAAGAAACCACCAAGAAGGUUUGAGCUGUGAUUGCUGGAUGUGUCCUUCACACUGGCUGGAUAUAUCCUUCUGAGCUGUGUAAAUGUCCUGUCAGAUCAGUACUUUCCUCCGGAUUUUUCGGAGCCACUGUCUUGUGGGGUAUCCACAGAGCACAGUGGCCACACCAGCAGAGUCAUGGAGCCCUCCACGGCCUCCUGGGCAAGUGUGGUCUACCUGUAGAAGAAACCACUGGCCAGUUUUCUGGACCUUCCCCCCCCACACACAUAAUCUUAAGCCAGUUUUCAUUAAACAGAAAGUAGUGAUUUACUCUGCAUUUUCUCCAAGUUCUAUAAAAAUAUGAACAAAUUUUAUAAUAGUGACCUGACACUAAAAAGUUGGAAACAUUUGGAAUUAAAAACCAAACCAUUUUCCUUCCUUUUGUGCUUUGCCGAGAAACUGAAAAAUAACUGUUGGUAUGUUUUUUUUUUUUUUUUUUUUUUUUUUUUUUUCUGGAUAAAACCACCAUUAGCCUUAAUGAUAUGGCUCCCUAGGUACCUAAAAAAAUACAGACUUCAGUGGACCAUGGAGGAAUGUAAAUAAAAUGCAUAUAUAAAAAUACUUAAAAUGGUCAAAUAUAUACAUAUUUGAAUUGUAUAUUUAUUUUUAAACAUAUUUUUGAGUAAUUUAAGAGGUAUUUACAAAGAACAGAAAGCAGAUGUGAAUAUUAUUUUUUUUAAAGAUUUAUUUAUUAUGUAUACAGUGUUCUGUCUGCAAACCAGAAUAAGGCACCAGAUCUCAUUAUAAAUGGUUGUGAGCCACCAUGUGGUUGCUGGGAAUCGAACUCAGGACCUCUGUAAGAGCAGCCAGUGCUCUUAACCUUUGAGCCACCUCUCCAGCCCCCCAGAUGUGAAUAUUACUAAUAAGACAACACCAACUCCUAAUCCCCUGUGCACUUCCAGGCAGUACUGAAGGACCCUCCAAGAUGAGUACUGAUACUUUAUUUCUGAAGCGCCUCUAUUUUCUGAUCAAGCAAAUUUUAUUGUGUGUAUAUACAUGUUUGCAGGGUUCUCUAAGAGCCUCCUGAGACAGGAGGGCUGGGUUGUGGCCCCCACAACGUGUUGUUACAUUUAGACUCAGGUGUAGACACCUGUGCUAGAGCACACAGCUGUGGGCAUCCUCCCCUGGCACAGGAGAUGCCAAGUGAACUCUUCAUGUUUUGGACACCGGCUUCUUGGGUUUGUGUGUCGGUUUGUGGGUUUCUCCUUCCAGGGCCUGUAGUCCGUGGGCUUGACUACACCUUUUGUUUUUUGGUUUUUUGGUUUUUUUCUUAGCUAAGUCCUUCUGCUUCUGGGGAGCCAGCCAUUUUUGACUUGUUUGACAGGAGUGAGUGUCCUCUAGGGAUACAUUUGUAUCCUCCUCUUCUUCCCAAGGUAGCCCUGAAGUCUUGUAACAUUCCUGGCCACUGAGGAACACAGGUCCUGAGCUAGACUGCGGCUGAAAAGUCACUGGAGGAGAAAGCCUCAUACUGUCAUGGUGAAUACAGGCAGGGUGGGGGCCUCCAGGGAAGCAGUGGUGACACAGAUAUACACACAAAUAUAAGCUGCCCAUAUUUUGGUUCAAGUCAAGAAAAAAAAGUGAUUUUGUGUGUGUGUGUGUGUGUGUGUGUGUGUGUGUGUGUGUGUGUGUGUGUGUGUGUGUUUAAAUUGGGAUUUGCCCUCUGGAAGCACCACUGAGAUGGGCUGUAUGUAAUGCCUGCUUUGGGGAUUGAAGAGGAUGUGUGAACAUUUCCCCAGAACUGCCAACUCCGACAAUUACUUCUAAACCACAGCCUGAUGAAUUAUAGGUAACUAUGUGUGUCCAAAACUGAGUUUGCCCGGCAGUCCACUGAGAAACUGUGGACCACCGGGUGCUGUUUGGAUAGUGGACGAAGCCUUAACAGCUUUGUCCUCUUUGGGGUCGAGCCUGCUUCUGACAAUGUCAUUUUGGGGAAUGGUUCCCAUGAAACCAUAUUGUUAACUGAGGCACCAAGGCCCCCUGUACACUGGGAAAUUUACCUUUCGAGAAAAAAAAACCACAACGGGUCUUCCCUUCCCACUUGUUCUCAUAGGUUAUCUUUAACACAUAUGCCUUUAAGUCUAGCAGGCAGCUUGCAGGUCUGUUGCUUGGCAUGUGGGUCUCUAAGUUCAACAUCUUUGUAGGGGGGUCAAGGAAACACAGGCUGCAAAUAUGUUGGAAGUGGACUUGAGCGCUGCAUGAAUAAAAGGUGAACAACA